AUGCGCAAGAAUCCAAAGUAUUAUUGUGGAAAGACCGGAAAGGCGCAGGGUGAUCAUCGAGGAGCCCAGCGAUCAGACACCCGAGACACAUCCACGAACCGCCAUGUAACUUACCCUGAAGAGGCCUGUGUCUAUUGGGGCACAGAAAAGGUGAAGGCACCCUCCUUGCUGUCUGUCAUGAGGGGGCGCUGUUCUCGAAAACUGGGAGUGUUGGCCAAAGCUACCUUCCUCCUGUGGCUGCUGUGGCUGGGGUACCUGUUCUUGGCCCGCUCCUCGUUCUCUGAUGCUGGAGAGGAUGAGGAAGAGGAGGAGGAGAUGAAGGCCAGGCAGUUGGUCUUGGAUGAGAUCGGCAUUGAAGGCUUACUGUCCAGACCCCUGUAUCCCAAACCACCUGUGGACAGCAAUGCCCCAGGCGAGUGGGGCCGGGCCGCGGUCCUCAACCUCAACGAGGAGGAGAAGAAGCAAGAGCAGGACGCCGUGGAGCGAUAUGCAAUCAACACCUUCGUCAGUGACAAAAUCUCGCUCCAUAGACGCAUUCAGGACAAUAGGAUGAGCGAAUGUCAGAACAAGAAGUAUGACUAUCGACGGUUACCCACUACUACAGUCAUUAUAGCCUUUUACAACGAAGCCUGGUCUACUCUGCUCCGAACCAUUCACAGCGUUCUGGAAUCAACGCCAGCCAUUCUGCUGAAGGACAUCAUACUUAUUGAUGACUACAGUGAUCGAGAUUACUUGAAAUCGAAGCUGGAGGACUACAUCAGUAAACUGCGGCGAGUACGCCUCAUCCGUACUAACAAAAGAGAAGGCUUGGUCAGAGCACGCCUCAUUGGGGCCACCUAUGCAACAGGGGAUGUACUCACUUUCCUGGACUGCCACUGUGAGUGUGUCCCAGGGUGGAUCGAGCCACUACUUGAGAGGAUUGGGGAGAAUGCCAGUACUGUCAUUUGUCCUGUUAUCGACACCAUCGACUGGAACACUUUUGAGUUUUAUAUGCAGACUGAUGAGCCUAUGAUAGGUGGAUUUGACUGGAGACUCACCUUUCAGUGGCAUUCAGUCCCUGAAGUGGAACGCAAGAGGCGCAAGUCCCGCACUGACCCCAUCAGGUCUCCCACAAUGGCUGGUGGAUUAUUUGCCGUGAGCAAGGCCUACUUCGAGUACCUGGGCACAUAUGAUACAGGAAUGGAGGUGUGGGGAGGAGAAAACCUGGAACUCUCCUUUAGGGUCUGGCAAUGUGGAGGAAGCCUGGAGAUCCACCCCUGCUCCCAUGUGGGCCAUGUUUUCCCAAAGAAAGCUCCUUAUGCCAGACCAAACUUCCUCCAAAACACUGUGAGAGCUGCAGAGGUUUGGAUGGACUCUUAUAAGCAGCACUUCUACAAAAGAAAUCCUCCAGCUCAAAAGGAGAAUUAUGGAGAUAUUUCACAUCGGCUGCUCCUCAGAGAAAAGCUGAAGUGCAACAGUUUUGAUUGGUAUCUGAAGAAAAUUUACCCAGAACUGCAUGUACCAGAGGACAGGGAGGGCUGGCAUGGAGCAGUACGCAGCUCAGGGAUCCCCUCUGAGUGUCUGGACUACAACGCCCCAGAGCACAGUCCAACAGGAUCCCAUCUGUCACUGUUUGGCUGUCAUGGUCAAGGAGGGAACCAGUACUUCGAGCACACGUCUCAUGGGGAGAUCCGCUUUAACUCUGUAACCGAGCUGUGUGCUGAGGUCUUGGAAGGACACAUUUCCAUUGGAAUGAAACAUUGUCCUCAUGAUAGAGAAGACAAACCACGCGCCAUGUUGUGGGAUUUCAAAAAUGACGGGAGCAUUUAUCACCCACUCUCAGACAUGUGCAUCACAGCUUUCCGCACAGGGGAGGGCCGCACUGACGUCCAGAUGAGGAGAUGUAAUCCGGGCGACAAAAACCAACAGUGGAAGUUUGAGUGA